AUGGUUGAGAAAAAAGACAGUGAGGAGAGAUCAUCUGCUUAUGUAGACAGAUCAAACGAGGAGAAACGAUCUCCCGACGUAAAUAAACUCAAGGUCCCUUCGUUACGACACCAGAAAAGUGUUCGAAGAAAUGCUCGAAAGGAAGUCCUAGAAUGGGAUAGAGACGAUAGUCCACACGUGCUUUUUUCGAGAGGUAUAUAUGAUAUUCAGCCCGGUAAAUCCAGUUUGUUGGAAGAAGAUUCGAAGUUGGCCUUAGAUGUGAAUGGAAGCUCUAAUAUGGAACUUGGAGGGAGUUCUUCCCAGAAUGAGACUCGAAAUGAUCAAGCACUGAAUGAGGGGAAUUCGCUCUUUGAUAAUGAGACGUCGGAACCUCGUAGCGUGUUGGGUGAUAGCUUCGGAGGCCACUCAGGAAAAAGUCUUAGCAAUGGUGGUCGGGGUGGGACUGGUGGUGUAUUUGAUGUAGGAAGAUCGGAAGAAAGGAGAAAUGCUGAGGACGUAGAGGUGCAGGAAGAUAGGAAUAAGAUGGUUGAAUGGACGAAGGAAGAUGAGAAGAAUUUAAUGGAUCUUGGGUCAGAAAGACACCAAAGGUUGGAAAGUUUAAUGGCUAAACGUAGAGCAAGAAAGAUGUUCAAAAUGGCAAUUGAGAAAAGCCUGAUGGACAAGGGCAUUGUUCCCCAUAGUCAAAUUGCUCCAAUUCUAAUAGUUAAAAACAACAUUCUCGGUGCUUCAAAUAAUGCCAAUGAUGAAGGGUUACAAAUGCCUGGUUCUGCCCCUUCCGUCUUGCAGCCUACACAGAAUCCAUUUGACCUACCUUAUGACCCAUUUGAAGAAAAACCAAAUCUCACGGCUGAUAGUUUUCUAAAAGAAUUCAUUCCAGCCAACCAAAAGGAAAUGCUUUUCUGCAGGCAUGAGAGCUUCUGUCAUGGACCGUUGUUUACAUUCGAUACCACUCCAGAUCCCAAUGAUCAGUUUAAUCCCUACUAUGGUGCAGAAAAUAGGCUUGUAGGAGGUCCUGCAGUCGAUAGAUUCAGAAGGUCACCAGAUGAUGGAGGUCCGCUUCGGCAGAAUUCCAUUGCUUUUGGAAGUGAAAUUGAUGUUAUUGAGAUAGAAGAGUCCAAUCACAAUGAGGAAAUGAACUCGUCGGGAGAGAAAAAUGAAAAGAUUACAGAAGCUGCUAAUGAUAAGACUGAAAUAGCAGAAAACAAUGAAAACCCUCAUGUUUUGAGUGGAAGUGAAAUAAGAAUGGAUAUAGAUUCAACAAAAAACAAUGAUUCAUGCUCCUCACCAUCUUCAUCUGAUGACUCUGCAUCAGGCUUAGAUCAAACGACUAAACCUCUGACUCUAUGUGCCAAUCAAGUCCGAAAGGCUCUUAAUCUUUCGAUUCCUCCCAAGGGGAGAAAUUUUAGCAAACUUCCAUUUGAUCCCAGCCCAUCUCCACGCAGGACUGAAUUUAAUUUGUUUUACAAUACAUUUAGGCGACAAAGUCAUACUCGAAACUGUUCCAUAGCUUCUGAUUUGCAAGUUGAAGUCUCAGAAGUUGGUUCAACUACCUUAUCAACCGAUGGAACAGGUUCACCUGUUGAAGGUGAUGUUACAUAUGAUGGAGAUGUUGAAAGGGAUAUCAAUUCUGACAAUGAAGAAUUGUGGUCAGGUUCCUUUAACUUAACAAGAGAGGCAAAUCAAGAAAAACUGAGAGAAUUGGAUGAUAUUAUUGAAGAGGAUUCUGUUGAAGUAAAGCUUUCUGGUUUAGACAAGAAACCUGAGGAGCCAACUGCAUCAAUCUUUCCAUCUGAACAGGAAGCCACACAAAUUUUGAAUGACACAAGUUCACUAUCUUCAAGGUUAGAUACAACUGAAGACGGUGCAUCCUAUCCAGCAAAUAUUAACCGUGAAACUCAUGAAGAUGCGACUCCCAAUGUUUCAGAAAAUAUAUCACCUGAAGAUCAGAGAAAAACCAUGCAGUUAACAGAGAAGUCGUUGGUUCGUUCACCUCCUGAGCCUUGUUUCCAGCAGCCAGAGCAGAAGCCUAUAGAAGAAUUGAACAUCGUUUGUAAUGUGAAGCCGAUAACUCAAGGAAAUGCUAACACUUUAGAAUUGAAGUCAUCUGAAACCAGAGACGAUGGAGCCCAAGCAUUCAUCGAACCGGCAGCUUUAGGAGAGAUGAGAAAACCAGAUGAGGCAAUCAAUUUAGAUUCCUGCAAGUACAAGCACUGCAAUAUAGAAACAUCUCAUGAGUCUACAAGAACUAUAGACUCUCAAAAGAAGAUGGAGGAAAGCCAACAGUCGAAAUAUGUUGAAGAAGAUACUCAUAACUUAACUAAUAAUGACACUGCAGACACACCAAAUGCAGUUCAAAGUAGAGACCAACCUUCAAAGAAUAUUGGACAAGAUACACUAAACUUAACCGAGUAUAAUAAUGGGGAUGCACCUAAUUCUGUUCAAAGCAUAGUUAAUCAAGAUAUUGUUGAGGAUAAUGUUUCUGGAGUGGAACAAAGAUUAGAAAGUUCUAUUGCAAUGGAUCUAACUCACAGAUUGGCGAUUGAACAAACUCAUCUCAGCUCGUAUGUGUCGCCAAAGUCUGUGUUACCACAAAACAUCCCGGUACAGAGAAUACCCAUAUCAAAUGUGGAGCAACAAAGACAAAACGGUCGGCCACAAUCUGUUAUGGAAGACAUAGAGAGGUACAAUUCAGCAAGCAACCAACCACAGGAGAGCUCAACUUUUAACAUGCUCCCAAUUUCACAGCAUUUGGUUGAGAAUUCACUAGAUGACUCGUCCAGUAAUUGCAAUCCUGGAACAUCAGAGGGUUCGUCUAGCACAACAAAGGAGAGUCCUAUUGGUAGCCCUGUCCAUAACAUGAAUGAACUUGUCCUAGAAGGCACUCAUGGAAAGGAAGAUUCUUCUAUAAAAUCCAGUAAAGAUGAAUCUAAAACUUCGACGAAUUCAAUGGAUGCGAAAGAAGCAUUAAAACCAUAUGGUGAAAGUAAUCCUGAUUUUAUCGAGCGUCUUGGAGGAUCAGAAAAAUUGACUGAACAUAACUCUGGAACUGAUCCAUCAAAAUCAAAUGAAGGAAAUGCCAAGUCAGCUGAUCCUAACACUAUGGAGACAGAAAAGUCUGCAGCAAAAGUUGAUCUAAUCUGCAAUGUAAUUGAGUCCUUAACUGAUAAGAUGGCCAACAACGAGUGCUUGACCCAUGUUCUUGAUGGAGAAGGUGAGCCCCAAAUAUCCAGCAGCCAAAAGGCUAUCAUGAAACCAUCAAAUAUCAGUGGGGCAACUAGUGCAGGAUCUGUUAAAGAUACAGAACAUGAAUCCAGAACAUUAGCCAAAGCCAAUUCCAGUGUUGGGCUACCUACUUCAAAAGGAGAAAGUAUCAGCUUGAAGGACAUUAAAAAUAGUGGAGAUGCACAAAAUUUGAGUAGUCAAGAAAGUGUUUCAGGUGCACUGGAAUCAAAGGAGGAUAAUCCCAAGGCCAUUGGUCAAAGCAUCUCAGGUGUAGAUACUACUGCAAAAAGCAUGCUGGUAGACCAUACGACCGCCAUAGAAGCAUCUAAACCGGAAGAAUCUGAAUUCAAGGCUGUCAACACCAUGGAAAAUGAUAGUAACGAAGUGGCAAAAUGAGGCAAUAUACACAAUAUUGGCACAUCUAAAAACCAUCAGUUCGGGGACAGAAACAGUUUAGAGUAACUUUCAGCA